UGGUGGAGUGAGGAGGUUCAGUGGUGCUGGUCUGGGCGCCGCCGCUCUAUCAUUACUUUAGUCACACGGGCCGCGGCGCUCACCACCACAACACACGCUUGGUGAUCCUAUGGGCACACCACGUACCUCUGCUGCUACUGCCAACACAGAAACUACCUCACUAGCUAACUAUCAGUGAAGUUGAACCCACUUGUGAGGUGACGACGACAGUGUUGUAGCUGACGGAUAAACUCACUCCCACUACCCAGUGAACGAAGGGUUUUAACAAGGUUGUGAGUACGGUGUGUCGUUAAGCAAAGACCGGUGUUGAUUCCCGGUGUUAGCUGGUGUGUGCCGGCGUGGGUCGUGGUGUGAGUGGAGGGGAUUGUGGAGUUUUAAAGCUGGUGGAAAGAGUUGGUGGAGUGAGGGAGUGUAGUGGUGACGCGGGGGAGGACCCAGCCAGGGAGCGGAGUACUUCCCUUUUCAACCAGGAACACCUGUGCCUUUCUCACUUAGGAUAACGUAUCAUCAUUACGCAGUAAGGGGCAGGUGGAAACUGGCCGCUACAGGUUCCUGGCCCGAGGUGGUGGCUACGUGUGGCUGGUGACUCAGGCCACCCUCAUCCAUGGCCCUAAGGACCACAAGCCACAGUACGUCGUCUGCCUCAACUAUGUCGUCAGUGGUGUUGAAUCUGCUGGUGAGAUUCUGUCAGAGUUGCAGCUGAUGUGCAGUAGCAACAAUAGCAGCAGUAGCAACAAUAGCAGCAGCAGCAGCGAGGUGUCCAACAAAGCCUCAGCAGCCACAGUUGUUGCACCUCCAGUUGUCAGAAGUAUUGCUACACCAACUAUACCUCUGCCUAAGUCAGACAAACAGCCAAAGGUUGGGGAGGUGGCUAGUAGUACAGGGGCACGUGUCAACCCACCACCCCCAUCACGUCCACCUGUUGCUGCCACAUUCAAGAUCUUCACUCCUCGCACAAAAGAUAUGAAUAAGGGAUAUCUUACAUUUGAAGAUGAUGAUCAAAAAUGUACUGUGCUGAAAGAGGAGCCUGAGGACCUAACCCACUUGGCACCCUCGGGUGGUGACACAUGUGUGCCCCUCUUAGAAGUACCUAUCUCCAUCCAUGACCAGGAUGACACAUGCAUGCUUCAGGAGGUGUCCACACUGAUCCAUGACGUGGACAAUAUGUUCACCAUUGACGAUCAGAUGCCUAUUGAAAGCUUCAAUGUACAGAUCUCCAGCCCAGUUCCUGAUAACAGUGAAGAGCAAGAAGAUAUCCCAAAAUACUUAUAUGAUGAAAGCAAACUUAAUACUAGCUUUAAAUGCAUGAACAGUUUAAGUGGAGGGAAGAUAGUGGAAGACAAAAGUGAUUGCCAUACUCCUUCAUCAGACUGUGGACUUAACUCUCCAGAAUCCCCCAAACCUCUGUUAAGUCAAGCUGCAUUUUCUCCUACCCAGGAAAGGAAACAUAAUACGGUUAUAUUUGGGAGUAGCCGUCCCAGAACAACAACAGAGAGCCUCUUCACUCAGCUGGAUGAGAGCCAUACAACAGGCUCAUCAACAGACACAAUAGGCAAAUUGGAUCUCAAACUUGAAGAGCAAAACAUGGACUCUGAUGAGUUUGAAAUGAGAGCUCCAUUCAUUCCUCUCAACGAUGAGUUAUUAAUGCUUAGCCCAGAUGAUCUCCUGUGGGGGGCAGACUCUGAGCCCCUCAUAACCACCAAACACCAAGGAUCAUCCAGCCGGGAUUUCAAGUGUUUUCACAUUAUCAACGAUAAAGAGGAUUCUAACUUGGCCCAGCUGUUGCGAGACACAGAUCCUCCCAUUACUGGAACUGGCGUAGGAAGGAGGUUGCCAAUAGAGCGGUCCACAAGUACUCAAAGGAGUCAGUAUCAGCAAAACAAGUUUCUUGAUGGUGGAGGGAAUUUUGUUGAUCCAAAUAAAGUUCUUCCAGGACAUUCUGGAGGGAAAGAUGAAUUGGAUGGGUCAUCAGGCAGUACGUUAUUAGUUGAUCCUCCACCUGUGAUGGUGCAGGAGACAGUAGACCCACCACCUCCAUUACUCACUGUUGAUGCCCAUCAUGUGUCUCUGCCUAUCAAACGGGUACAUUCGCCCAAUUCAUCUCCCCUUCUUAACCACAAAAAGCUGUGUUCACCAACAUGUCAGCAGCAACUUAAAGCACAACAACAGAAUCAAGACGGACUGUUGCAGCAACAGUCUGGGGGAAUACGAUUCUUGUCAACACCAAAUGCCCCAACCAUGCAACAGUUAUUAGUCAGCAAAGAACCAAUCACAGUUCGAGGGGGACGCCCAGGUGGGGGUAUUUCAGCCUCACAAAAUUCCAUCACAAACAAGAGCCAUUCAGUGCUUCGUAAUCUGCUGGUGAGUGGACGUGACGACACUGCUGGAUACUCUGUGUCGGCACCAGCAAGCCCUGCUGGUACGCCUUCUAGAAGCAUCUCUUCAUCCCCUGGUCCACAUCAGUUGAGUGAUGAGGCUAAGGGGGGAAAGAAUGUGAGUGAUGAUGGCCAUAUCAUCAUUGGAGAGCCCCAACCAGGCAGUAGUGGUCUUGCUCCAGCGUCACUACGUCUACCCAGAGAAAAAAUGGCCACUAUGCUGUUAACUGGAAAUGGGAGUCUACAUACUGAUGGUAUUUUGAGAGCAUACCCCAAAUUGAGAUUAGUAGCUGGAAGACCAGGUACCCUUAUGCAAACUGGUCGUUUUGCAUUCAAAUUAGCUCCCAGCGCAAAUGGGCAGUCCAGGCAGAAUUCAAUGAGACGAGGGAGAUUACAGGAUCCACUACUGCUCGUGGAUCCAGAGACCACAAUUCCUAAUCUGCUGGAUCUAACACAGCAGGACUAUGAGGUGAAUGCUCCUGCUAACAACUGCACACUGCUGCAGGGGGCAGACCUGCUUAUGGCACUUGACCAGAGCCUUUAAAGUUUACUUGUUGAUAUUACAGUAAGUAAUGAUGAGGGAACAUCAGUGUUCACAACUUCCUUUAUGAACCCUUGAGUCACUGAAAUCAAAACAUUACUUUUUAUCAACAAUGGAAACCCUGUGCCACUGCCACUGGCUAUUUUUGGAUGUCUUUAGUAGUAUUGAUAUAUUCCCAUAUUGAGAUUUGCUGUCAAUAUGUUUUUGUGCCCCCGCCACCAUCGGCUAGGAGGGGGGCUAUAAAUGUUUGCAUUUUCCAUGUGUGUGUCCGUCCGUCUAUGCGUUCGUUCAUCCAUACAUGCGUUCAUCCUUUAAGUUAAAAUUUUCACCUUGGCGGGGGCAUAUUUCUUACAAAAGAAAAAAUUAUCAGUGUUCAUGAGGCUUGGGACUUAAAAGUGUGUGAAAUUCUUUACUGUCAAUUUUGGCAUCACAUCAAAUUUCAAUAAGACCUUCAGAAUAAUAGCAAAAAAAAAAAUAAUACAAAAAUACAGUUAUAUCAUGGUAACCUAUAUGAAGUGUAAAAAAACUUUUACCUCUCCAUGCAAAUAGUAAAAAUUCUCUCUUGCCUACUCCAGCUCAAUCUGAGGUCAUAGCAAAUAUAGUUUGUAUUGUUUUCUCAAUGACUGUAAAUGUAAGUAAAUAGUAUGAAUGGAAAAUUCUUCUACUGAAAUUUCUUAAGUACAAAAUCCUAUAUUCAUAUAUCAUUAACACAUUUUAUAUAUACAGUGCUGUAUAUAUAUAUAUAUAUAUAUAUAUAUAUAUAUAUAUAUAUAUAUAUAUAUAUAUAUAUAUAUAUAUAUAUAUAUAUAUAUAUAUAUAUAUAUAUAUAUAUAUAUAUAUAUAUAUAUAUAUAUAUAUAUAUAUAUAUAUAUAUAUAUAUAUAUAUACAUAUAUAUACAUAUAUAUACAUACAUGAGGUCUGAUCGAAAAGUAUCCGACCUUAAGCAGGUGAAAAAAAAAACAAGCUUACUUUCUGAGUUCAGACUUUAAUCCCUUUCAAAGUAGGCCCCUUGGGACUCAACAUACUUAGCCCAGUAAUGAGUCUUGGGUGUAUGGAUACGACCCAGAAACAAAAGCUCAGUCGUCACAAUGGAAGUCACCGGCAUCACCAAGGCCAAAGAAGGCACGGCCGGUUCGGAGCAUGGUGAAGCUCAUGAUGACAGUUUUUUCGACUAUCAGGGUGUUGUUUAUUAUGAGUAUGCUCCAGAAGGCCAAACAAUCAAUAAAGAGUACUACCGGGGAGUUCUCCGUCGCCUACGGGAUGCAGUGCGUCGCAAGAGACGAGAGUUGGGGAAGGCGGAGGACUGGCAGCUCCACCAUGACAAUGCUCCAGCCCACUCAUCCCAUCUUGUCCAGGAUUUUUUGGCCAAACAUAGGAUCACACAGGUCGGCAGGCUCCCUAUUCUCCUGACAUGGCUACCUGCGACUUUUGGCUGUUUUCUAAAAUUAAGAUGCCGCUGAAGGGUUCGAGAUUUGAGGACACAAAUGAAAUAAAGAAAAGUGCGACGAAGAUCAUGUUGGCGAUCCCAAAAACUGACUUUACAAAAUGUUUCCAGCAAUAGAAGGAUCGCUGGGCUAAGUGUGUUGAGUCCCAAGGGGCCUACUUUGAAGGGGAUUAUAGUCUGAACUCAGUAAGUAAGCUUGGUUUUUUUUCACCUGCUUAAGGUCGGAUACUUUUCGAUCAGACCUCGUAUAUAAUUACUGUAUAUACUGACCUGGUGUAGGCAAUGUCUUAGUCUUACAGGCAAGUAAUGUAACAAUAGCCACAUGCUGCCUCACAUGUUAGACCCUGUAUGGAUGGGUACCAGUUGUCAUAGGGUGGUAAACUGCAGUCCUAAGUCACUUGGCUUCAAUGGCCUUACAACAUGUGGAUUCAUAAAAUACAAAAGUUGGCUGAAUAUAAAAAAUGGGGAUCAGCAUCUCAGUACAGUACUGUAAUAAUGUUUGGCUGUACAAUGACAUAGAUUAUACUGUACUUGAAUCUGAGUUAGGUUUCAGACACAGUUCCAAAACAUUUAUUUAUGGAUAUUUACUGCUUAUGAAAAUUUUAAAACUAGAAUUGUUCAGUUGUAUAGAGACAUAACUCUCCUGGUAAAUACUGUGUGAUUUACCUUAUUCUAACUUUAGGUGUAUACUGUACCUGGUUUCAUCAAGGACUUAAUAAUAAUAAUAAUAAUUAACGGUUUAUUGAAAGAGCUUGGCAGCCAGAAGGCUGAAAAUAUACAGUUACAUAUUUGGGGAAUGUAGCAGGAUGUUGGCUAAAAGAAUAAAAGUGCCCUUUAUAAGAGUGACAGCAGAGUUGCUGUCCUUUUACUUAUGGUUUUAAUUUUUCAGUCUAAUUAAAAUUUUAAACUUUCAAAUGAUGAGUGCAUUAAUUCAUUAUUAAAGGAUAAUUGCUGAUUAUAUCUACAGUAGUUAUUAGCAACACACACACACACACACACACACACACACAAUACUUUAUGUAUAAGGAGACACACACUCAUACUGUAUACAUGCAAUUAUUUUUUUCUCCAUGCAUACAAGUAUAUUCCUUCUAUUGUGUGAGGUGACUUUCCAGGUGUUGAUCUGAUUUUUAACAUUCUCUAGUUAAUGGGUAAUUCCACCAUUGGCAAGCACACCUGACUGGGUACUCUUAUUGCUGAGUGUACAAUGAGGGAGGCCAACACCACUACAGAAAGAAAUUGAACUUAUUACCACAUAUCUCAUUAGUCCAUAUCGCACCAUGACUUCCAUUUCCAAACAAUAUCUCACGAGUCCAGGGUUUGAUUCCUGACUAGUGAGGUAUUGUUUAUUGGAAUUCAUCUUCAGAUCUAAAAAUAAAAGUGCACAAAAUUUAAGCAUAGUAUGUGUAGAUUGCCCAUUUCAUGUAAAAUUAAUAACAGGAUUACUUUUUAUAUUACUUUUCCUGAGUUAUCUUGCUAUUGCAUUAUGUGAGACUUGUCUCUCUUCAUUAUUAACUCUCUCACUGCUAGGCCAAGCUGGGAUACUUCCAACCAUUCCCCUCCGGAUAUUGAAAUAUUCGUCAUGCAUUUUCUAACUAACCGUUCCCUUAUCCAGUGAGCUUUAUGUUAUUUUAUGGUUAUUUUUCAACUCGUAACUUUAGGUAGAUAUGCUUAAUUUUCUUCAAUUUUUUUAACUCUGUUACAUACACGCAACAUCCUACAUACAGAAUGUGAAAAAAGAACUCGCCAAAACAUCAAACACAUAUAGGGAAUAAAGAAUGCUUCACAUACACUAGAAUUAGCACUCUCAGUAGAGUGUGGGAUCUCAGCUGUCAUCCAGCAGCGAUAAGGUUAAUCACCAUUGAGAAUUUACUGUCACUCGUGAUUAUUCAGGGUAAUACCGUUCUUAGACUCUUAGUUACUGUAUUAGCUUUGUUCUUGUCAUUUGUAUCUUACAUACCAGUAAUUAUUAUUAUCAAUAGAAAUGUUCAUAUCCUGUAGUUUUACUUUUUAUUUUUAAAUAUUAAUAGAUUUUGACCUUUUAUAUCUUUGAAUUGCAUGCUUUAAUUUUCAGUUAUAAUUGUUUUUCAUUUAGUAUGGAACAUAAACUUGAUGUGUACUUAUGAACUGUACACUGUAUUUUUAGAUUUGAAAAUGAUUGGCUGUAAAUACUCAGAAUGUUCAUUCAUCUACAAUCAACUACAGUGCAUGGCCUUCAUUACUACAUUUUAAAUCAGAGAACUAAAGGGUGUAAAAUUUUGAGGAUGGAUUUCUCCAAGGUGUUUGGUUCAUUUAGAGCAGUGGUUCUUAACCUGUGGGUGCUUCAGUUUUCCAUGGGGGUUGUAAAGUGUUGUGUUAGUUUGUUUAUUUAUCCAAUAAGGAAAGGCAUUAACAGCAAUGAAACUGGAAUGCAUGAAAAAAAAAACAUUCUUUGUUAAUCAUGGGGCCACAAAGGUUAAGAACUACUGAAUUAAAGUACAGUACAAUAUAUGAUUGUUAAGGUGCUGCCAAGAGAUGAGGAAUAAAUGAAUGAUAGCAGUAGUCUCAUGUUAUGUUUAAGGAGUCAGACAUAUUACGGUAUUGACACCAGCAGCAGUCAUAUAUAGAUUCUUGCCACCACAUGUUGUAAUGGUUAUGACAGACAUAAAGUGUUAACUAUAAAUGUGUGUGUCAGUUUAUUAAAAGAUUCACAGGGGAAUUGUAAAGUCACUUUGUAGUGCUUAACACUUAGGGGAUGCCUCUAGAAUUGCAUAGAUACAAGGAGAAGAGGAAUGAGACUAGAAUUUUAAUUAUAAAUAAGAGUGAGAUAGCAGUAUGGAUAUAGAUAGAUAGAAAGAUAGAUAGAUAGAUAGAUAGACCUUCCUAGACAGUCUAUUUUUGUGUGCAAAUUAUUUCUUUUAGACAUGACAGAUAACUCAACAUGCAGCAAAACCCCAACUAUCCAUGGUAGCCGAAACUACGGAGCUCUUAGGAGUUUUUAUAAUAGUAAUUUUGCUACUGUACCUAAUGAUGUUAAUGAAAUAAUAGAAACUCUAAGAUAUACAGAACUAAAAUACAUGUAUUUAGAUUAUUAAAAUGCAUUUUUGAAUUGUUGAGAAUGUCUGCACUACAAUACUUCCAUGCACUUUAUGUGGAAGCUUCAUAUUCUGAGUAAUAAUGUAUCUGUAAUGUAUGAAAUUACUAUAAGAUGUUUUACAAAAUUUUCAACAAAAACUCUGCUUCUGUGGCUUUUGAUGUUGAAAGUCUUUCUUUACUGAAUAGCAUUGUAUUAUUAAACUAAUAUGAUCAUUGGUCAACAUGGGUGCAUUUUGGUAUGGUAUGAAGUUAGCCAGUACUGGUGAUACAAGUUAUAGAAGCAUGCAUCUCAUGCUUUCUGUGUGUGGCUAUUUUACUCUAAUAAAUGGAAAAAUGCUUAAA